AUGGGCGAUGCAUAUAGUGAUAACACCAUGAAUGUCCUACACGGCGGGAUCCAAAUGCUAUAUCCUUCAAUUGACUCGGAUAUGGAUCCUGAAGGCCGGUUUUUCAUAACACACGGCCACGACACUGAUGAGUAUGUCAUCUAUGAUGAGGAGUUUAGCGAUAGCAACCCACUUCGAAUUGAUAAAUCAAUUUUGACGAACACUCACUUCGAUUUAGCCAAAUGGUACCACACUAGACAUUACCCAAAAAUCCCACUCAACAUGGAUGACAUCGACCUAGAUACAUCCCUAUUUGAGAACCUGAAUAAAAAUGAUGAGCUUUGGCUUGACCACUCUGAUGAGUCAGACUCGGAAGAUGGUUUGCCCGACUUACAGUCUGUUUUUGAUUUGGACUGGGAUGAUGAAAACGAGUCCCUCCCCAACCAUCGUAGUGACUCAGAUUCAGAUGACGGCUUGCCUGAUUUACAGUCCGUUUCUGAUUCAAAUUGGGAUAACGAAAAUGAAUCACUCCCCAGCCUAGAAUCCUUGAAUUCAUCACUCCCCAGCCUAGAAUCCUUGAAUUCAUCAGUCACAGACAUGGAAUCAGAUUGGGACGAGCGUAUCUAUACUCCCAUGGACGAUGUGCUGGGAGAGGCAAUCGAACAGAUCCUGGAAGCCUCAGCACCGUACCCAGGGGAUGCAAACAUUUUGCAAAACCCUAAUAACUGCUUCGACGCUGAGCGCGUAGAGGAUGGGCGGUAUUGA